AUGGACAAUGGCGAAAGCAGCCAUGCACGAUUUACGACCGACGAAGAAACCCCCAACCGCGCGCGAUCGGGCAGCGCAGACAGCGACCAAAAGCGCAACCUCCCAGGUUCCCUCCUUUCUCGACUCUCUUUCCUGCGCAUGAACCAGACGUCCCAGUCAGGGCCCAAUCAACACCGUCUCGGCAUGGAACACGACGCCGACGGCGAGGAUCUGCGACUCGCCCUGCCACGCGUGGCGGGUGACGGAGCAGCAGCAAGUGGCAGCAAAGCCAUGUCGGCGGCGCUCCAGCAGCGGCGCACGCGUCGACGACGAGGUUCGUUGCGUAAGACGGCCUUGUUGGGGACGCGCAUCGAGUUGCGAGACAAGAGGGCUGCUGCUGUCGCGGCGGCUACCACCGCCACCGCUACUACAAAACCUUCGGAUUCGGGUCGGCUUCACAGCGAUGGGCAGCGGUCGCCCCGAGAUCCUACCUCGCCUGACCACGGGCCUACCCCCCGCGAGAGCUUCGACGACGAUGACACCGCCGACAUCUCCCAGCCCAGCUGGUUCCGCUCAAACACCUCCCAAAGGCCCCAUCGGUCAUCUGUGGCCCGCCGCCGCGGUGUCUCGCAACACAAGCUCCUGGGCGAGGAAACGGGGACCGACGAAGAAGAUCUCGUCUCUUUCCUGCCCACCGGUUCCCCCGGUGCGGGUACCAAUGCCAACAACAAUACCACCAUCACCAACAAUAAUAAUAAUAAUCCCACAGCCAGCACCGGCACCGCCGCAGUCCUGCACAGGGCCACCCCCUCCUCAAAAACCAAUGCCUUUUACCCGCUCCAACCAGAAACAGCCUACCGGCCCGUCCAUCGAACCAAAUCGUCGCCGCUAGCCACGCACUCGGUCGAGAUGAAAAGCAGCAGCCCGGAUAUCGCGUGGGACUACUCAGAGACGGAGUGGUGGGGCUGGAUUAUUCUGAUCGUCACCUGGCUGGUCUUUGUCGUGGGCAUUGGUAGCUGCUUCGAGGUCUGGAGUUGGGCCUGGGAUGUUGGCGAGACACCCUAUGCUCCUCCGGAACUCGAGGAUGAUCCUACCUUACCGAUUGUCGGCUAUUAUCCUGCCCUUAUCAUCUUGACGGCGGUCAUGUCGUGGGUUUGGGUUGUUGUUGCUUGGGUUGGUAUGAAGUAUUUCAAGCAUGCCAAUAUAUCUGGAGAGGAUAUUUGA